GGGCAGACACUUGCACACAUGUGCGCCUCCCCCAGGGGCUGAGGCCAAGCCAAGCAUCCCGCAUCAGCGGAUGAAUAGCAGGUCUGUCUUGCCGCGGCACUGUCUCCCACCCCAGAAAAGCUGCAGCCACAGACUGCCCGGCCGAGGAGCCCACGCAAACUCCAGGCACUCCGAGGGUGGAAGGAAGCCGGAGGGCAGCAAGAUGGAGUCAGACCGAGAAGUCAUCCACCUUCAAGACUUCUACCUGACAGCCAGGGUGCAUCUGUGGAGCAAGACCAGCCGUCACCAGGCUCACUGACUGUGUCAUCCCCAGUGAAGUAGUCUGCGCGGGCAUGCCAACCCCCGGGGGAACCAACCUCUCAACCUGAACCAUUAUGCCACCAAGAAGAGUGUGGCAGAGAGCAUGCUGGAUGUGGCGCUCUUUAUGUCCAAUGCCACGCGGCUGAAAGUGGUGCUGGAGCAGGGGCCGUCCUUAGAGUACUACACCACCCUCAUCACCCUCAUCAGUCUCUCUCUGAUUCUGCAAGUAGUCAUUGGCAUUCUUCUUGUGGUCAUUGCCAGGCUGAACCUGAAUGAGGUAGCAAACCAAUGGCGUCUAAACCAGCUCAACAACGCUGCCACCACCCUGGUCUUCAUUACUGUGGUCAUCAACAUUUUUAUCACUGCUUUCGGGGCACACAAGACAGGCUCCAUGGCUGCCAGGACCUCCAGCAAUCCUGUUUAAUCCCUGCCUAGGUCCCAGGAACAGGGUCUGGAACUGCUUCAAACCUUGUCCCUGACCAGUCAGGCUAGCUAGCACUUUCCACAGCCUCCAGGAGAGCUUCAAGAGCAAUGAAGAUGCCCCUGUUUCCUGCCCACAGGACCUGAAUUCAGUUGUGCAGUUUUACUGGGUGAUGUAAUUGCAUCUUGGUCUGGAGGCCUGAGCUCAGCCUCUGCAACAGUUACCCUUUCCUCCAGCAACAGGAAUUGGGUCUGCUAAUCAGAAUCUACAUAGCCUGCAGACUCUGGUUCCACUGCAUUCCUACCCUCUGCUCCAAGCCUCAGUUUCCCUUUCUGCAAAAUGGGAAUCUAUCUAUAAAGAUAUCUGAAAAUCCA